UCUUGUUUUCUGAAGAAGAAGAAAACAAACAAGAAAGAAAAAAAUGCAGCCAAAUCCUCUUUUUCUUGUUCUGUUUUUCCUCUGUUUCUCAAUCGGGUCGGGUUCGGGUCAAACCAACGAUCUUCAAACUCUCCUCGAAGUAAAGAAGUCUCUCGUCACAAACCCAAAAGAUGAAAACGUUCUCCGAGAUUGGAAUUCCGAUGCUGAUCCCAAUUUCUGUAACUGGACCGGCGUCACGUGCGGUGGUCGUGUAAUCAUCGGUUUAAAUCUAUCCAAUUUAGCCUUAACCGGUUCGAUUUCUCCUUCGAUUGGCCGGUUUACUAACCUAACCCACCUCGACCUGUCAUCAAACCGACUCACCGGUCCCAUCCCAACUACUCUCUCCAACCUCUCUUCUUCCUUGGAAUCUUUGCAUCUCUUCUCUAACCAACUCAGUGGCGAGAUUCCGAGUCAACUCGACUCGCUCGUGAAACUCAAAUCGUUAAAACUCGGAGACAACGAGCUCGUCGGAUCGAUCCCGGAGACGUUUGGUAGCCUCGUCAAUCUCCAGACACUUGCUUUAGCUUCGUGUAGACUCACCGGUUCGAUACCGAGUCAACUCGGUCGACUCGUUCGUAUCCAGGCUUUGAUUCUGCAAGAUAACUACCUCGAAGGACCGAUCCCGCCUGAGUUAGGUAACUGCACCGACCUCGUUUUGUUCACCGCGGCGUUGAAUCGCCUCAACGGAUCGUUACCGGCGGAGCUGAGUCAACUCGUGAACAUUCAGAUACUCAAUCUGGGAAACAACAGCUUCUCCGGUGAGAUACCGAGUCAACUCGGUGAUCUGCGCAAUCUCCAAUACCUUAAUUUGGUUGGUAACAAGCUUCAAGGUCCGAUUCCGAAGAGAUUAACCGAAUUGGUGAAUCUUCAAACCCUUGAUUUAUCGAAGAAUGAUCUCACCGGAGAAAUACAUGAAGAGUUCUGGAACAUGAGUCAGCUUGUGUAUUUGGUUCUAGCGAACAAUCCUCUCUCUGGUUCAUUACCAAAGAGCUUAUGUUCUAACAGCACAAGCUUGAAGCAACUGGUUUUGUCUGAAACUCAGCUUUCCGGCGAAAUUCCGGCGGAAAUCAGCAAAUGCCAGUCAUUAACAGCGCUUGAUUUGUCCAACAAUACGCUUGUCACCGGUCAAAUCCCGGAUUCGUUGUUUCACCUCGUAGAACUCACGAAUCUGUAUUUUCACAACUGUAGCUUGAAGGGCACGUUAUCUCCAUCGAUAUCAAACCUCACGAAUCUACAAGAGCUUGCUCUGUCUCACAAUGACUUGGAAGGCAAGUUACCUAAAGAAAUCGGAUUGCUCAGCAAAUUGGAAGUUCUGUAUCUAUACAAAAAUCGUUUCUCCGGUGAGAUACCGUUUGAGAUUGGGAACUGCACGAAUCUGAAGUCGAUUGAUAUGUUUGGGAAUCAUUUCAGUGGAGAGGUUCCUUCUUCAAUCGGAAGAUUAAAAGAGCUUACUUGGCUUCACUUGAGAGAGAACGAGCUUGUGGGCAACAUUCCCGCCACUUUAGGUAACUGUCACAAACUAACUGUUUUGGAUUUAGCGGAUAAUCAGCUCUCGGGUUCGAUUCCUUCCUCGUUCGGGUUCUUGAAAUCGCUAAAAGAGCUCAUGCUUUACAACAACUCUCUCCAUGGGAACCUUCCCAAGUCGCUUAUCAACCUCAAGAACCUCACAAGAAUCAACUUUUCAAGCAACAAGCUCAAUGGCUCGAUUAGUCCGUUGUGUGGCUCAAGCUCUUACCUCUCCUUUGAUGUCACGGACAAUGGAUUUGAAGGAGACAUACCUCUUCAGCUAGGGAAGUCUCUGAAUCUUGAUCGGUUAAGGUUAGGGAAGAAUCAAUUCACAGGAAGAAUCCCUUGGACUUUUGGGAAGAUCCAAGAGCUUUCUUUGUUGGAUAUCUCAAGCAAUUCUCUCACUGGAAUCUUACCGGUAGAGCUCGGUUUGUGCAAGAAGCUGACACACAUUGAUCUCAACGAUAACUUCCUUUCAGGGCUUAUACCUUCAUGGCUCGGCAAGCUUCGAUUGUUAGGUGAGCUCAAGCUUUCUUCUAAUCAGUUUACAGGGUCACUCACUAAAGAGAUUUGCAACCUAACCAAGCUUCUCGUGUUAUCUCUUGAUGGAAACAAACUCAACGGCUCGAUUCCACAAGAGAUUGGAAACUUGGAAGCUCUCAAUGUACUUAACCUUGGAAAGAAUCAGAUUUCAGGUCCUCUUCCUUCAGAGAUAGGCAAGCUGAGCAAGCUUUAUGAGCUUCGGUUAUCGAGAAACAUGUUAACCGGAGAAAUCCCGGUUGAGAUUGGACAGCUACAAGAUCUUCAAAGUGCUUUAGAUCUCAGCUACAAUAACUUCACCGGAGACAUUCCAUCGACGAUCUCGACGUUACAUAAGCUUGAAGCCCUUGAUCUGUCUCACAAUCAACUUGUCGGAGAAGUUCCUGGCCAAAUCGGAGAUAUGAAGAGUUUAGGAUAUCUCAACGUCUCUUACAACAAUCUUGAAGGAAAGUUAAAGAAACAAUUCAUUAAAUGGCAAGCAGAUGCGUUUGCAGGCAAUGCAGGUCUUUGUGGAAGCCCUCUUAGUCACUGCAACAGAGCUGGCUUGAACAAGAAGCAACAAGGUCGUAGCGCCAAAACCGUGGUUAUAAUCUCUGCAAUUUGUUCAUUAGCAGCGAUUGCUUUGAUGGUACUUGUGAUCGUCCUCUUCUUCAAGCAAAGUCAUGAUCUUUUCAAGAAAGGCCGAGGAGGAAACAGCAAGUUCUCAUCAAACUCUUCUUCUUCUUCUUCACAAGCUCCUCUGUUUAGGAAUGGAGCUGCAAAGUCGGAUAUAAAGUGGGAAGACAUUAUGGAAGCUACACAUUACCUUAACGACGAGUUCAUGAUUGGAUCAGGAGGGUCAGGGAAAGUUUACAAAGCGGAUUUGGAGAAUGGUGAGACCAUUGCUGUGAAGAAGAUUCUUUGGAAAGAUGAUUUGAUGUCAAACAAGAGCUUUAACAGAGAAGUUAAGACACUUGGAACAAUCAGACACAGGCACUUGGUUAAGCUGAUGGGUUACUGUAGUAGCAAAGCAGAAGGCUUGAACCUGUUGAUUUACGAGUACAUGGAGAACGGAAGCGUUUGGGAUUGGCUUCAAACAAAGAAGAAGAAGAAGAAGAAGGAGGUUCUUGAUUUGGAAACAAGAUUGAAAAUUGCAGUUGGUUUGGCUCAAGGAGUAGAGUAUCUUCAUUUUGAUUGUGUUCCUCCGAUGGUUCACCGUGAUAUUAAGUCCAGUAAUGUGCUUCUUGAUUCUAACAUGGAAGCACAUUUAGGAGAUUUCGGACUCGCCAAAAUACUAACUGAGAGUUAUGACACCAACACAGAAUCAAACUCUUUGUUUGCAGGCUCUUAUGGCUACAUCGCUCCAGAGUAUGCUUACUCGUUGAAGGCGACUGAGAAGAGCGAUGUUUACAGUAUGGGGAUAGUGUUGAUGGAGAUUGUGACUGGUAAAAAGCCAACAGAUCAGGAAGUGUUUGGUGAAGAGACGGAUAUGGUUAGAUGGGUAGAGACGGUUCUUGAAUUGCCUGCUGCUAGAGAGAAGCUGAUUGAUUCAGAGCUUAAGCCGCUUUUACCUCGCCAAGAAGAAGCAGCUUAUCAGGUUCUUGAAAUAGCACUUCAGUGCACAAGAACGUAUCCUCAGGAGAGACCAUCUUCAAGACAGGCUUGUGAUUGUCUUCUCAAUGUCGUCAAGAAUAGAGCUGCUAGUUAUAGGGAGAUGCAUACUGAUUCUGAGAAAUGAUUAUGGAGAUGCGAUACUUAGUAAUCUCUGUUUUGCUUGAGAGUAGAUUGCUGCAAUUGUUUGUGUAGACAU